AUGGGAGAUUUCAACGCACAAAUCGGGCCAGAUAACAAUGGAAGAAAGCAAGUGAUGGGUAAACAUGCUCUCGGCACAAUGAACGAUAAUGGGGAGCGUUUCUAUGAAUUAUGUAACACCAUGGGCCUCACCAUAGGAGGUAGUCUCUUCCCGCACAAACAUUUGCAUAAAGUCACUUGGGUUUCCCCAGAUAAUGCAACAGAAAAUCAAAUCGACCACAUUGCCAUCAGCAAAAUGUGGAGACAUUCAUUAUGUGAUGUCAGAAAUAAAAGAAGUGCAGACAUGGCUUCUGACCACCAUCUACUAAUCGGUGAAAUACAACUCAAAUUAAAUGCGGUCCUUAGAAAGCCACAAUUCAAAAGGAAACGGUUCGACCUCGCCAAACUCGACAACCCUACUGUUCAAAAUAACUAUCAAUCUCUUUUAUCGGCCCAAAUCCCUAAUCCCUUGCCACUAGAAGAAGAAAUCUUUGAAGCCGAAACUUAUUGGGAACAAGCAAAAUGUGCCUUCACUGAAGCAGCACAACAAAGUGUCGGUAUUCCUCAACGUCAAAAUAAUCCGUGGAUCACCGAACAUACAUGGAAUCUUAUAAAAGCGCGCAAAGGAGAAAAAGAAAAGGUUAACAGGGCAAGAACGCGCCAAACAAAGCAGCAGGCACAAGCCAACUACAGUAUUGCCAACCGCAAAGUUAAACGCAGCGCUAGAACCGAUAAGCGCAGAUGGCUCAACAAUUUAGCAACAGAAGCUCAAAAAGCAAGCGAAUCACAUAGGCUCAAAGACCUACACAACAUCACUAAAGCUAUGGUGGGACGUAAACACAGGAUUGCAAAGCCAAUAAAAAAUACCAGAGGCGAACUAGUACACUCUACCGAAGAUCAGCUAAAAGUUUGGGAAGAUCACUACAGAAAUCUCCUAGCGGGAAACAACACCUAUCCUCAGCAGGAACUAUGUAGUAGACACCACGAACAUUUUGCUCGCAACGAUAUAAACACAGAUGUACCUAACAUCAGUGAAAUUGAGGCAGCAAUAACUCAGCUUAAAGCAGGUAAGUCCGCUGGUCCGGACAAUAUUGCCCCCGAACUGCUCAAAGUAGACAAAAUUUCAGCUGCUCAAAUUAUUCAACCAAUUGUCAACAACUUCUGGUCCCAAGAGUCAUUACCGCCUAAUCUUAAAGACGGCAUCAUUAUUAAUAUACCAAAGAAAGGUCCUCAAUUUCGUCCGUGGGUUGGAAAUUCUUUUGAAUUACGAAAAGACGCAAUCGCCUUAGGUGGACAACAUAUGGCUUUCGAGAACUGGUCAAAGAAAUAUAAUACAGAUAUCUUAGGCUUAAAGCUACGUGAUGAACUUGUUGUUGUUGUUCUCUCUUAUACACUUGUACACGAGGUACAUUUGCAAGAAGUUUUUGAAGGACGACCGGAUACCUUUUUUCUACGUUUACGUACUAUGGGUACGCGAAAAGGUAUAACCUGCACUGAUGGAAAACUCUGGUAUGAGCAUAGAAAUUUUGCUAUGAAACAAAUGCGUCAUGUAGGUUAUGGUCGGACACAAAUGGAACAACAUAUCGAAAAGGAAUGCAAUAGCUUAUUAACAUAUAUUGAAAAUACAAAAUCAGAACCUAUUUGGCCUGGUACAUUUCUGGCACAAAGUGUAAUUAAUGUUUUGUGGUGCCUGACUGCUGGACAGCGUAUCGAACGUAAUGAUAAGCGUUUGGUUAAACUGCUCGAUUUGCUUAAUCGUCGCUCAAAAGUCUUUGAUCUUUGCGGUGGAAUGCUGACUCAGUUUCCUUGGUUACGUCAUAUAGCACCAGACAAAUCUGGUUAUAAUUUAGUGCGCCAAAUGAAUGAAGAGCUACAUCAUUUUUUUAUGGAAACUAUUGAAGAACAUAAAAAACGAUUGACACCCGAAAAUGCUGAUUCUGAUUUAAUUUUUGCAUAUAUACGAGAAAUGAAUAACCAUCUUGGUGCAGAAAAUAGCACUUUUAAUGAAACCCAACUUACCAUGACAAUUCUAGACUUUUUUAUAGCCGGCUCACAAACCACUAGUAAUACUUUAGAUUUAGCCCUAAUGAUGCUCGCGACACGCCCAGAUAUACAACAAACGAUAUCUCAGGAAAUUGCUGCUAAUCUCAAGUUUAAUACUGACGAGUUUCCUCAUCUAAGUGCACGAACUUUCUACCCCUAUUUGGAUGCUUUCAUUAUGGAAGUUCAAAGAUACUUUCAUAUCACACCCAUAACUGGACCUCGCAGAGCAUUAUGGGAUACAACUUUAGGAGGAUACAAUAUUCCUAAAAAUACAACGAUAUUGAUUGGUCUACGCUCUGUACAUAUGGAUAAAACACAUUGGGGUGAUCCUGACAUUUUCCGUCCAGAACGUUUUAUUGAUUCAGAAGGUAAAACAAUAAAAGACGAGUAUUUCAUGCCCUUCGGACAAGGACGCAGACGAUGUUUGGGGGAUGCAUUAGCAAGAGCCUGCAUUUUCUCAUUUCUCGUAAAAAUCAUUCAAAAUUAUAAAAUUGAGUGUGCAGAAACUGACAAGCCUUCGUUAAUACUUCAGCCGGGAAUCACAUUAUCACCAAAACCUUAUAAAGUCAAAUUUUUAGUACGUGAAUAA